GGCCGUGGCUGUGGACUCCCUCCCACACCGAGGCGGGAAGGAGCAACUGAAAGCAGGAUCGCUUCAAACCACUCCGAGUCACUCGCUUGAACUGACUGCGUGCCGCUUUACGGAUCCCGGGUGGCUCUCGGCACGAUUCGGCGAUUACGCGGAACCCGACGCGUUUGUGUAGUACGUAUAGGCCUAGAAAUUGGUAUACAACAUAACCUAAAACAGUUUUUAGAAGGGUCAAAAUACGAUUGAUUAAGUUGUUUGGUUGUUCUCAAGGUAGUGUUGAUGGUAGGUGAAGUUUUUUGUGUGAAAGAGACAAAAAGAGUUUCAUAACAAAGGAGGGGAAACAUAACCUAAAAGAGAAACUUGUACAAGUGGAAUUACUGUGUUUGUGAUGAUCGUGUGAACUGGCAAGUGAGGGUUGAUGGGGGGUUUAUGUAGUAAAGCAAGUGACAAUACCCUAGAUAGUGUGGUGUGUGACAAUGUUGUGUAAGAGUUUCUAGAUGGGACGUGAAGAUAAACCAAGGAAGGUACCGAUCGGCUCGAGUACCAAACCCUCGAGGACUUGAUGCGAUUAUGUGUACGACGGAGAUGACGGAAGCGUUCACGAUGUCGCCUUCAACAGCUUCUUCUAGUGGAACGACUAUUGGUUGUUUGGGAUCUCCGAGUCACCGGAGGGCGUCUUCGAGAAAUUCGCUUAACAGAGCUGAGGUGCAGGAUGAUGAGGAUGAGAUUUCCGUGGGAUGUCCGAGUCCUUUACCGUUAGUGGUGGUGACACCAAAUGAGGAAGAUGAGAGACUGAGUUCAUCUAGGGAGGAAUUUAGUGAGAGAUUGAGUCCGAGGAGUUACCAGGACACUUUGGACGAGGAGGACAGGUAUUCGCGAGACGAGGACCACUAUAGGAUAAGUAGGGAUCGCAGGAUCUCGGGGUCCAGGAUCUUGGGGAAUGAUGUAACUUCCCUAAGGGAUAUUGAUGAGGAGAACGAGGACGACGGUAGAAAACGCAACGGGAAUGGAAGUUCAGGUGGUGCUGAUGAUUAUUUUAAGCCUCUUAAACGACUGAAAAUGGUGCCGAUUCAACAAUCUGACGAGGAGGAUGAACGAGAAAGGGAGCAGAGGGAGGCGAAUGAACGAGGGGUUAAGUCGUUUAGCAUCCUUGAUAUUCUUUCUCACAGACCAAAAGCGAAGAUUGUGAGACCGUGGGACACAUCGGAGUCUAAUUUAAAUCAUCACCGACAUCAUCACCAAUCGCAUCAUCAUCACCACCAUCACCCGGCUCAUUCUGGUCCCAGAGAUCUAUCUCUAUUGGGCAUGUCAUUGUCCUCUAUUUCGGGAUCUAUUAGUGAACCACCUUUAAGUAGUUCAUCUUCUUCGGGAAGGAGUUCUGUUUCCGAUUCUGGAAGCCCUGAUCCUUUGGCCCAUCAUCACCAUCAUCAUAGUAUUCACCACGGGAUGCAUCCCGGUCUUCAUCAUCCGGCGAUGCAGCAGCAGUUUAAGAGAAAGGCCUCGCAGCAACAUAGUUCCCAAGGUGGGCAAAAUGGGAAAAGACAACCUGGACAAGGAAGUCCUCUCGAUGCUCUCUUUCAGAUGACGAGCAAGACUUUCGACGCUGGCGAACACAGCCAAGAGCAAGCCAACCAUCUGAACCUCUUCAACAAUAGGCAACAACCGAAGAAGAAGCGAAAGAGUAGAACAGCUUUUACAAAUCAACAAAUAUUCGAAUUGGAAAAGCGAUUCCUCUACCAGAAAUAUUUGAGCCCAGCUGAUAGGGAUGAAAUUGCAGCACAAUUGGGUCUCAGUAAUGCACAGGUGAUUACGUGGUUCCAAAAUAGGAGAGCGAAAUUAAAAAGAGACAUGGAGGAACUUAAAAAAGAUGUACAGACUGUUAAUCCUCUUCUGGUAGCACAACACCACAAAACCUUCCUUGAAAAUGUUCAAGACCUUGGAAUAUUGAAGAAAAGGCCACUACCAAAUUCCAUGGACGAAAAGUCGUAGGUGCUUCGGUUGUUAAAUCGCAAACAAAAAAAAUCUGGUUCCUAGAGCGAGGGGACUCCUAUAAAAGAUAAUAUGCAAUACGGGAAAUUCAAUUUUUUAAUAUCGUAUGAUAAAUGGGUUAUCUUUAAUGUAACAAUUAAACAAGUCUUGAAAAUUAGCUUUGAUCGUAAAACUUUGUAUAUGAGUUGUAAUAAGUUCUGUUUCGCAAAAGAUCUUUUUUUUAACUCAUCUUCUUUGUAAUAUAAUUGUCGUUAUAUAUUAUAGAUGAAAGAGAUAACUCUACGCAAAUUUAAUAUCUUUCUUCAUCUGUACAUUUGUAAGAUUUCAAUAAAAGUAGAGUGCAUGAUAAAAAUUACUAAUAAAGGGAGUCGCUAAUUCCAAAGUGAUUAUAAAACUAAAGAAAAGAUUUUUGUAAUUUCGGAAGUCGCUUUUAAUCUUGAUGGACGUUAUUAGAUGCAUGUAAGACUUUUCUAAUAAUUUCACAAAAGCCCUCCAUCGCUUCGAUAAGGACUUAUGCGUUACAUCACGGCAAUCGAAUUAGUUGGAUGUAUUAUAAUGUAUUUAUUAUAAAAGAAAGAAAGUGAUGUCCGAGCCGGGUCGGAUUAAAUCGAUGAUAAUAAAUUAUUAGUAAAUAUAUAUAUAUAUAUAGCUCUUAAAUUAUGAGUCGCUUUCACCGGCUAUCUCGUGUACAUAAUAUUGUAUAUAGCAUAUUUGUCAUUAACUACAAGAUUUUUCCGUGUAGGUAACGUAGAGCCAUAUAGAUGGGGCACUGCAAUAUACCUAAUUGUCAGUUUAAUUAGGAAGUUUUACGAUUUUGUAUGAUGUAAAUUCUACGGUGUGCAUGUUACUCAAAAUGACAAAUGAACGCGUGAAUGGUGCAGAAUGUCUGUACAAACAGUGUAGAACAGUGUAUAGAGAUCCAAAAUAAAUAGAAAAUUCAUUAUAUCAUAA